CCACUACAUCUUAGCUGUGGUCGCAUGCAGGCCUAGAUACAGUAUUAGCAAUACAAAGCAGGGGACGAGUUGGAUGAGAGUGUGCUUUAUAUAGAAACUUACUAUUAUUUUUAAUAUUAUUUUCUAUUAUUAAGAAAUAUACCGAAUGUCAAUGUAACGUCCACUAUGCCAAGUACAGUAGAAAUAAAAAGGAUCGGUGCAGUUUUAUGUGAUGAAGCCAGGCCCCUGCCAGAGCGGUUUCGUGCAUUGUUUACGUUGCGAAACCUGGGAGGAGAGACUGCAAUAGACUACAUCGUUGAGUGCUUUUCCGACCAAUCUGCCCUCCUAAAACACGAGUGUGCUUAUUGUUUAGGACAAAUGCAGGAUAAAUAUGCUAUACCAAAACUAGUUACCGUUUUGAAGGAUACAAAACAGGAUACUAUGGUCAGGCAUGAAGCAGGUGAAGCUCUUGGUGCUAUUGGCUGUAAUAGCGUGAUGGGCAUUCUAAAAGAAUAUUGUAAUGACCCAAUAAUUGAGGUUGCUGAAACAUGCCAAUUAGCAGUGGAACGUAUAGAAUGGCUGCAUAGUAAAGAGAAACAGAAAGAAUCAAGUAAAAAUCCAUUUAGCUCUGUCGACCCUGCUCCACCAUUAACAGAAGAGGACCUUGUAGUAUUGCAACGGAAACUACUAGAUGAGAAGUUGCCAUUAUUUGAUCGUUACAGGGCCAUGUUCUCACUCAGGAAUAUCAACUCUGAUGCUUCAGCUUUGGCACUGGCUGAAGGCUUGAAAUGUAGUAGUGCACUUUUCCGGCAUGAAAUCGCAUAUGUCCUCGGACAGAUGCAGAAUGCAGCAGGAAUCAAACAGUUGAAAUGUAACUUACAACAAGAGGAUGAGAACCCAAUGGUAAGGCAUGAAUGUGCAGAAGCCCUUGGUUCUAUUGCUGCCCAGGAGUGCUUACAUACACUGCAAGAUUUCACUCAAGAUAAAGAGGUGGUUGUGAGGGAAAGCUGUGAAGUUGCACUUGAUAUGCUUCAGUAUGAACAAAGUGAAGACUUUCAGUAUGCAGAUACAUUAGUUAAACUUUCAUAACAAGAUUUUAUAUGCAAUUUAAAAUACUGUACAGUAUAUUAAAUUAUAGGGAUCUAAAAAUUCAGGUGGAAGAAAACUACUGUUCCAUUAGUUCAUUGGGUAUGAGCCCACUUCAUGCCAAAUUUUACAUACUUUACUAGACUUUCCUCUGGCAAAGUCCAGGGUGUGGUUUGAAUGAGUAGCUUAUCUGAUUUGUACCACUGUACUUGGCUUUGAAUAAAGCAUGCAGGGCUGAAAAAUUCCCUUUUGAUUGGUCAUCUCUAAAAAUGAUAAAAAUACCGUAAAACCUCAAAUUGAUGCCCAAUGGGCUUAAUCUCGAGAUGAAGGCCCCCCCCCCGCACUCUUUAGUUUGCAAAAGUAGCCUCGAUAUCAUAGUUUUCUUUUCGAGAUAGUACGGCACAAAAUAAAUUCAAAGCCUGGUUUAUACAGUGGUUUAGGUUAUUUAAUACUGGUGAAAUACUCUCCAUAAUACACAUUGAUGUUACAGUGGCCUUAUUUAUUGUUUUAUAGUACAAAUUCACAAAAUUUACCGCAUUCAUUUUGAAAAGAACCCCUUCUUUAAUUUGCAAAAGUAGCCUCGAAAAGAAGCCCAUCAAAAGCCCGCAAACAAAAGCGCAGGGCUUUAAUUCAAGGUUUUACGGUAUGUUGGAAAGUGGAAUUCAAUAGUAAUAGUGGAAUAGCUAUGUUCAAGCAUCCUGUAUACUUGACCUGGUUGGUGGGUUGAACAUGAGGUACUACUACUGGACCAGUGAGUUAGAGGGUGCAUACAUAUGAACACAAACGUACACUUCUGUGUAAUAUUUUUAUUCAAGACUGAAUGUGUAUACAUAAUAAACUUAUUGUAUAUAUGAAAGAUGUAUCGAUUAUAAGAGAUCUAAAGUACAAUAAAAUAUAUUGACGUAUAAUACUGGGUAAUGUUAACAUCCCACAAAAUAUUUCUAACAGGACCAAUAUUACAGCACUACAAGGUGCAAUAUGGCAAAUUAUACAGAUACAGUUCUUGAUAAAGAUAUUUGCUAGAAAGGAAUACAAAUUUACUAAAACUAUAGUAUAAACAAAAUUAAAAGGCAAGGUUGGUGGGUUAAACAAACAUAUUAUGGCACUAAAAACAUAAAACAUGCUGUUACAAAAUGUUAUAGUAUUGCAUAUACUUCAAAUACUAUUUAUAAAUUCAGUUAAUAAAUAAGUUGAUAAUACAGUGUUAAAA